CUCCUCGCUCAUGAGUCAUGUUUAGUUAUCUGGUAGUUCCUACAGGGAGACUAUUCUCUUUUUCUUCUACAAGUUCCCACAUUGCAAUCCAGCACUGCUCCUCUCGUUCCACACUGUGACUUUGUCAAGCCGUUUAACUUGUCACCGCACGUACUAACCGCAACUGAUGAUUGUCAUGGCACCACGGCGUUUUCUUCACUGUAUGACUAUAUAUGACGGACACCGUACUCUGAAUGCAUGAUUCUACGCUUUAAUUCAUAUUUGCACUCCUUACAUUCAGCUAACGAUUCAAGUAAUCUGCCCUAGCAGCAAGGUAUAGUCCCCAGAAACCCUCUCGGGCUUUAGGCAAGGUUCACUCACUGAUUAGCGCCAGUGCUUGAUCCGAGUACCUACCACUCGUGGUCAGUCAUCUGCGUACUCAAGACAGCUUCAUCUCAGUCCUAGAGCUGUUUUCAUGGAUCCUUCUCUUUACAAAGAUUUCACCACAUCUCGCGGUUAUGUCUACCAUUACCUCUUGUCGCCCCCCAAGGAUGGCAGUCCCUACUUGCUGUUCCUCCACGGCUUCCCAUGUACCUCCUACGACUGGCGGCACCAGGUUCCCUUUUUCAUCAGUGAGGGUUAUGGCCUCAUAGUUCCAGAUCUACUUGGCUAUGGUGGUUCUUCAAAGCCUACCGAUCCCGCAGACUUCCGGUCAACGCUUCUAACAAAAGAUCUCAUAGAGCUGGUGGAUGCAGAAAAUGUAGCCCGUGUUCUCGCUAUCGGCCACGACUGGGGUUCCAAAUUGGUUGGCCGUCUCGCCAACUACUUCCCCGAUCGAUUCAUCGGAUUCGGCUUCUUAGCUAUAGGGUAUUGGUUGCCGAGCACCGAGAACAAUUACGAAAAGUUCCUGGCCCUGUCUAAAGAGUCUUUUGGGUACGAACUAUUCGGAUAUUGGUCUUUCUUCUCGUCGUCGUCGGCCGCUAAAAUCAUCGAAGAAAACAUGGAGUCGUUCUUAAGACUCAUGCAUUCCGGAGACUCCAAGGCAAUUGACGAUUUCGCUCCUACGGGGGCUUUGAAGUCGUAUCUACUGCAGGGCAGGACCUACGUUUCCCUCGCUCCAUACAUCACAGAGGAAGAGAAGGACUUCCGUAAGAAACAAUUGCUCGAUGGCGGUAUGGCCAGCUGCUUGAAUUGGUACACAAUAAUGACCUCGGGAAUUGAUGCUGAAGAUAACAAGGCUGUACCGGCUGAAAACCUUCAGAUUACGAAGCCGGUCUUCUACGGUGGCGCAUUAAAAGACAAAGUGGCCAUCAAUGCUAUCAACAAGAAGGGAACCGUUGAUAAUUGUAAGAAUACGACUAUUCAUGAGUAUGCCAGCGGUCAUUGGGUAAUAUGGGAUAAGAAGGACGAACUCAACCGUGAUCUAUUGAGUUGGGUCAAAAAAUUGUAGUUAUGGAACUCAAUUUCGAGAUCAUUUGGAUUGACAACCCAAGCCAACU